AUGUGCAUCUACCAUGUCAAGGCUGCUAAAGAAGCGGCCUUCUACUGCCUAAGUCCAUACGUCCUGGAUCCACCUAACUGCUUCGACCAGGUUUACGUGCACGGUGAAGAGAAGGACCUAAGAGAAAUAAGCAAGUCGAUGAUUGCAUCAGCAUCCAACAACUUCGUUACCUUGCGGUUCGACAGAGAAAGCGUGGGACCUGAGGAAACGCUACGCCAGGCGCCGCCGUUGGAGUGUCGCUGCGUGACCAUCAAGGGCGCCAUUCUUUCCACCAUCCAGAUAAAGAAGUAUUACUCCAAGUAA